AUGUUCAACCGUUUCAGUUCCAGAAGAUCGGUCGUCCACUCCCUCUCAGGGAUGGUGGCCUCUUCGCAGCCGCUUGCUAGUGCAGCGGGAGUGAAGAUUUUAGAGAAAGGUGGGAACUGCGUCGAUGCAGCCGUGGCUGUUUCUGCCGUAUUAUGCGUCACCGAACCUCCUUCCACUGGUGUUGGAGGAGAUUGCUUCGUGUUGUACUACGACAACUCCAACAGAAAGGUACAUGGCUUGAAUGGCUGUGGCAAGUCGCCCAAGAACAUUUCUGUCGAUGCUGUCAAAAAACAGGAUCCUUCUCUCACUGGUCCUAGACUCCCACUUAAUAACGUCCACUCUAUCACUGUGCCUGGAGCCAUUGCUGGAUGGUUGGAUGCGAUUGAGCUUUGGGGCUCUGGGAAGGUCAGUGUUGCUGACAUCUUGGGCCCAGCCAUCGAUUUGGCUCUGAAGGGCUUUGCUGUGUCGGAGAUAUCUGCCCAUAUGUGGAAAGGGGCCCUGCGCAAACUCAUUAGACAGAGUGGCGAGAAUGCCAAAGUGUUUUUAAACGACGACGGGUCAUUUGUUCUGCCAGGUCAGGUGUUCACCAAUAAACCUUUAGCUCGGUUGUUGAGAAAGGUUGCAGACGAGGGGAAAGAUGGCUUUUACAAGGGCGAUGUGGCUGAGAAAAUCGUGGCCAAGGUGAAAGAGAAGGGCGGUUUUCUCGAAAUGGAUGAUUUGGCCAGCCAUACGUCAAAAUUGGUGGACCCAAUUUGUUUGGAAUUCAUGGGCAAGUAUCUCUGGGAGAUUCCUCCAAACGGACAAGGAAUUGUUGCGCUUUUGGCAUUGGGGUACUUGCGAGAGCUUCUGAAGCAGUCGAAGAUUAGUUUGGAAGCGUUGGAGCACAAUUCGGCGGAGUACUUGAAUUUGCUCAUUGAAGCACUCAAACUCGCAUUCCACGAUUCGGAACAUUGUGUGGCAGACCCUGAGUUUCAUCCUGAGAUUGAUGUUAAGCAUGUUCUUUCUGAGAAGUAUUUGGCGGAUAGAGCACAACUCAUCCAGCCAGGAAGAAUUUUGUCUCGUGAAAUCGUGGAUGCUGCUCCAGAUCCAAUGUACAAGUCGGACACCGUCUAUUUCACCACCUCAGAUAAGGACGGAAAUGCCUGUUCGUUCAUUAAUUCCGUUUUCUCCCCUUUCGGCACGGGAAUCAUUCCUGACGAUUACGGUUUCGCUUUGCAGAGUCGUGGGGGCAACUUCAACUUGACACCGGGUGCAAUCAAUGUCUUAGAGGGUGGUAAGCGGCCAUACCACACUAUCAUUCCGUCGUUGAUUACCGAAAAGGACCACGAUGAUAAUGAUAAGUUGUAUGCAUCGGUAGCAUGUAUGGGAGGUUGGGAACAACCGCAGGCACAUGUUCAAAUUUUCUUGAAUAUGGUUCUUUUCGGCUUCACACCUCAGGAGGCGAUUGAUGCACCCAGGUUUUGCUUGGAACCAAAUGAAGAACUUAGACAUUUAGAUGUGGGUAAAGGCUCUUUUGGGCCAGUUUCCACUCCCAAAACUAUUGUCAGAUUGGAAGAAGGUAUAUCUGAGGAGACAAUUCAAGAGUUGCAGAAAAUGGGCCACUUGGUAGAUAGAGUAUCUGGUUAUGCUCGUGAAGUUUUUGGCAGAGCACAAUGUAUUCAGAAUAUCGGAAAGGAUGGCCAGGUUGUGUGGGCUGGUGGGUCUGAUCAACGAGGAGAUGGAGCCGCUAUUCCUCAGCUUUAG